UUCUAGCAUGGGGAGCCUUGGAAGCCUGUGCUGAUGCUUCUUGCCCCAGCCCUAGGUUCUUCAGCUGAGUGGGGGAAGCUGGGAAAGGAUCUGGAUUGGAAGGCGGCAGCAGAGGUAGACAUGGAUCCCAAGAUCUCCUCUGAGAAUCAUCACAUGACUCUGAUGGAAGAAGAAGAUGAACCAAGAGAGGAGCCCAAGGAUGAUGGAGCUGGUGACCUACAACACUUUGGGUCCACCAAUAUCAUGGCAGGAGAUAACCACAUACAGAAGCAGCUGGAAUUACAAAAUGGUAGCUUAGAGGAAGUAUUUGUGGUACGUUCCCCGGAGAUUGAGCCGCAGAACAUGAUGGAGAGCCUAAGCCCGAGGAAAUAUUCAUCCAGUCUGAAGUUUAAAGCCAACGGGGACUAUUCUGGCUCGUAUUUAACCCUCUCCCAACCUGUGUCCACCAAGAGAAGCCCUUCUCCUUUGGGCAACAGUGUUAGGAGCAGCCCCUCCUUGGUCAAGCUCCAGGGAAGCAAACAGUUUUGUGAUGGAACUGAUAAAAAUGUUUCCAUGAAGCCUCCUACUUCGUUCCUUAGCUCGGCAGCCUCUCUGGGGGUUUAUCCACUCGGGAGAGCAGAUUUGGAUCAUUAUUCUGGUCGGGACAGUGAGAGGUCCUUCAGGUCCUCAGAGAAGCCCCCCUAUUCCAGAUACAGCUCUAGGAAUAAAUCACAUGACAACGUCUACUUUCUCGGGGGGCUGGAAGGAAGAAAAGCCUCUGGCUCGCUCUUGACCAUGUGGAAUGGAGGCUCCUUGAGCAGCGCUGGCUCCGCACCAGUCAGCAGAUCUGGGGCAGCGAGUAUGCCCUCAAGCCCAAAGCAAGCUAGGAAAAUGAACUUACAGGACAACUUGCCACUUCAACACCGCUUAAGCCGGCACAAGGAGCCAGCCUCUGAAAAUAUCAGUGUGAGAACAAGAAAGUAUUCAGGGAGCAGCCUCAGUAACAUGGGUGCCUAUAGCCGAUCGCUUCCCAGGUUGUAUAAAGCCACAGACAGCCAGAUGCCGCCUCUCAGCCUGCCUCCAAGAAACUCCCUGGGCAAUUCCAAACGAGGUCAGUUAGGGGAAAAGGAUCUACCUCAUAGCAUAGUGGAUAAUGACAAUUACCUUAACUUUUCUUCUCUAAGCUCAGGGGCUUCACCCUAUAAAACCUCUCUGUCAGAGGGAAAUCCUUACGUAAGCUCUACCCUCAGUGUCCCUGCCAGCCCUCGAGUGGCUCGGAAGAUGCUCCUGGCCUCCACCUCUUCAGAGGACUUUGAUAGGGCUUCUUACUCAGGGACCAGCCCGAGUCAUUCCUUCAUCUCUGGAGAACCAGACCGAGUGCCUGUGACCAGGAGGAACUUCUCUUGUGGAUCUAUCGAGUUGGAUGAUUCUGAUCUGGAAAGCCUACGACAGUCCUCAGAAACUCCCCAGCCUGUCCUUCGAGAACGGAAAAGCAGCAUUAGCUCCAUUUCAGGCCGUGACGAUCUGAUGGAUUAUCACCGCCGACAGAGGGAAGAGAGACUCAGGGAGCAGGAGAUGGAGCGCCUGGAGCGGCAGCGACUGGAGACCAUCCUCAGUCUGUGUGCUGAGUACACGAAGCCUGAGGGCCGACGCCUGUCCGCUGGCACCACCGUGGCAGAUGUGCAGAAAAUCAACAAGGAGCUGGAGAAGCUGCAGCUGUCCGAUGAGGAGUCUGUGUUUGAGGAGGCUCUGCUGUGCCCCGACGCCAGGUACAGGUGCCAUCGGAAAGGAUCUCUCCAGGAUGUUGACAUUGCGGGCUUUGGGAGCCUCAGUCACAGCGCCAGCUUCCUGGCUCCCAGGGGCAGCAGGAAUGAUGAACUGCUUGGUGACCUCACCAGGACGCCCCCACCAUCCUCAUCUGCGUUUCUGAAAACAUCCAACGAGUCCUCCUACCUCAGUAUCCUACCGAAGACCCCAGAGGAUAUAGGUGAGGAACAGAGGACUCAGGAGUUGGCUGCAAUGGAAGAUGCCCGGAUGGUUAUUCUGAACAACCUUGAGGAACUUGAACAGAAAAUCAAAGAUAUAAAUGACCAAAUGGAUGAAUCCUCCAGAGAGUUGGAUAUGGAAUGUGCUCUUUUGGAUGGAGAGCAGAAAUCCGAGACGGCUGAGCUCAUGAAGGAGAAGGAGAUUCUGGAUCAUCUGAACCGGAAAAUCACAGAACUGGAAAAGAACAUCGUAGGCGAAAAGACCAAGGAGAAGGUAAAGCUUGAUGCUGAGAGGGAAAAGCUAGAGAGGCUUCAGGAGCUUUACUCCGAGCAGAAGACCCAGCUGGACAAUUGUCCUGAGUCCAUGAGGGAGCAGUUACAGCAACAACUCAAGAGGGAUGCUGACCUGCUGGAUGUCGAGAGCAAACACUUUGAAGACUUGGAAUUCCAACAGCUUGAGCGUGAGAGCCGUCUGGAUGAGGAAAAGGAGAAUUUGACGCAACAGCUCCUGAGGGAGGUGGCGGAGUAUCAACGGAACAUCGUUGCUAGGAAGGAAAAGAUUUCCGCACUGAAAAAGCAAGCCAGUCACAUUGUUCAGCAGGCUCAGAGGGAACAAGAUCACUUCGUAAAAGAGAAGAACAACCUAAUAAUGAUGCUCCAAAGAGAAAAAGAGAAUCUUUGUCAUUUGGAAAAGAAGUACUCCAGCCUCACUGGGGGGAAAGGAUUUCCUAUUAACCCCAAUACUCUGAAAGAGGGCUAUAUCAGUGUAAAUGAGAUUAAUGAGCCAUGUGGCAAUUCCACGAAUCUAUCCCCUUCCACUCAGUUCCCUGCUGAUGCUGACGCUGCUGUCACUGAGCCUGCCUCGGCUGUGCUGGUGAGCCAGCCCCAGAGUCCAGAGCAAAGAGCAGCCGUCUGUUCUGGAUUUCUGUUUCCUUCCACCCUCUCUCUUCAUCCUGUCACUCCACCUUCAUCAGCCGCUUGGCCUGAAGUUAUGGCUACAUCUGUCGAUCCUUUCCCUUUAAAUGACACACCUCCUCCUCUGCCAGCUAAGAAACACAGAAGGCAACAGCAGCUGGAGCAACAGCACUUUAGGAGUCUGGAAGAAAGGAAAAAGCAGCACAGAGAAGGUCUCUAUCUGAGUGACACUUUGCCUCGAAAGAAAACCACUCCUUCCGUCUCCCCACACUUCAGCAGUGCCACCAUGGGGAGAAGCAGCACCCCAAAGGCUCACCUGCCUCUGGGACAGAGCAACAGCUGUGGCAGUGUGCUCCCCCACUCGCUGGCAACCAUGACGAAAGAUUCAGAGUCUCGCAGGAUGCUCAGAGGUUAUAAUCACCAACAGAUGAGUGAAGGACAAAGACAGAAACCUGACUUUUACAGCCGCACAGCAUCUGAGUCAAAUGUCUACUUGAAUAGUUUCCAUUACCCAGAUCACAGCUACAAGGACCAGGCCUAUGACACGUUGAGCCUGGACAGCUCGGAUAGCAUGGAGACCAGCAUUUCUGCCUGUUCUCCAGACAAUAUCUCUAGUGCCAGCACAUCCAAUAUUGCCAGGAUAGAAGAAAUGGAGAGACUCUUGAAACAGGCUCACGCGGAAAAGACCCGGCUACUUGAAUCCAGGGAACGGGAAAUGGAAGCCAAAAAACGAGCGCUGGAAGAAGAAAAACGACGCCGGGAAAUCCUGGAAAAACGACUGCAAGAAGAAACCAGCCAGAGGCAGAAGUUAAUAGAAAAAGAAGUGAAAAUAAGAGAAAAACAAAGGGCACAGGCUCGUCCUCUGACUCGCUAUCUGCCUGUCCGGAAAGAAGACUUCGAUUUGCGGAGUCAUGUGGAGACAGCGGGCCACAAUAUUGACACCUGUUUUCAUGUGUCAAUCACAGAGAAGACCUGCCGAGGUUACCUCAUCAAAAUGGGUGGAAAAAUUAAAACGUGGAAGAAACGUUGGUUUGUUUUUGACCGGAAUAAGCGGACAUUUUCUUAUUAUGCAGACAAGCAUGAGGCUAAAUUAAAGGGAGUGAUAUACUUUCAAGCCAUCGAAGAAGUGUAUUAUGAUCACCUCAAGAAUGCUAAUAAGAGUCCGAACCCACCACUCACCUUUAGCGUGAAGACACACGACAGAAUCUAUUACAUGGUGGCUCCUUCCCCGGAGGCCAUGCGGAUCUGGAUGGAUGUCAUAGUGACUGGAGCAGAAGGAUACACGCACUUCCUGUUGUAAUGAACUCUGGCAAUGGUCCACUUCAGGGCAGACCGCAGUAGUCUCUCGCAAGAAUGAAGCCAUAUCCUGUCUCAGAUGGCAAGGCCCAACAGACGUCCCUUUAGCUGCGUGCACUCAGAACUCUUCAUACUGGGAAGCCUUUUGUACAAAAGAAAGCAGGACUCAUGAUGACAGAACUGCAGCUCCCUUGACAAACCAAAACCAAAACACUAUUUUCAUAAGAGCAUCAUUUAGAUGCGAGUUUCUCAUACACUCUUUUUAUCAGCUGAUGUUGGUUAAAUACACUGAACGGUUUACACGAUGUCUGUAAAUAUGUACUUAGAAAUAUACUAUUUUAGCACCCAAAUCAUUACCAUUGGUAAUCAGCUGCCUUCUUUGUAGGAAGUAGCAUUUUAUAAAAAUUAGCAAAUAAUAACUUAGAAAGCAACAUAUUUUAGACAUUUUGCCUUAAUUUUUAAAUACUGCCCCCCAAACCAAAGACAUGGCUUGCCUCCUGUUUAACAUCAGUGUUAUUCUCUCAAUACUCUUUAAAAUGGUAUUGUGAUGUCAAUUCUGUAGUGCCUCCCAUCACAGAAGCUACUGUGCACCUAUAGUAAACCAGGUUCAUAAAAAAACUUUUUAAAAAGGAAAAAAAAAGCUUCUUGUUUUUAGAAAAGGCCAUCUCAGAAAACAGAAACCUGCAAUAUCUGGCAGUUGUAAUUAAGGAGAAUGCUUAGUGGGGGAAGCCUGUUCUGUUGAAGAUGUGCUCAUUCCUGGUGCUGAGAAUAAAAGCAACCAGACUGCCUGCUUCCUCGUGCUCAUGGGGCAGAGCUGUUAACUGCACCCUGACAUGGCAUAACUAUGAAGCCAUCUCUGGUUCGCUGAAAAACAGAACCAUUCAAAUAUCUUUAUUUUGAAGAUAACCAAAAUUCAAAGUAAUGUUCUCUAUGCUAUAUCUUUUUAGUUCUAUCUCUACAGAUAGCCUUGUUUCUAGAGCUAUUUUUUUUUUAUUUUAAUGAAGUGACUUCGGGAAAGUCUCUUUAUAAUCGUUCUCCAAGUGCCAUUUAUUUUAGUUGUUGUGUUUUGUGUUUGUAAGUAUGAAUGAACUCUUUCCGAAUACAUGCCGAAUGGAUAGAAGUAGAAAAUAAUGCCAUUACUUACUUGUACACGUGAAAUGAUUAGAAAUGUCCACAAAACUUUGUCAAGCCUGACUGGGUACAAUUUUUUUUUAAACUUACAGUGUACUUUUAUACCUGUAUACAUGUUACCAUUAAUAAGAUUUUGCAACUGGAUGAUGCCAGGUUUUACUUGAAUAAUGAGGAAGAAAUAUCAUGACUGUAGGAAGUAUUUUUUCAGCUGUGAUUUCUGCAGCAGUCCCCUUCAACUCUUGUGAUCUAAAACAUUAAAAUGUAAUUGCUAAGAUCUGGUCGGUUAAUGUAAAGACACAGCUUUUCUGUACUGUACUUUUCCCAUAGGACAGUAAGGGUAUUCUAAUCAGUUUGCAUGUCUGAACCUUUUAGAUAUGUGUGCUAAAUGUAUUGAGUUUGGAUUAAAGUGUUGACCUGA